AUGGAAAAUCAAGGAACACGAAGAUGUCGGGUGGUGCUAGUUCCACCUCCAUUCCAGGGCCACAUAACGCCCAUGCUUCAGCUAGGCGCUAUCCUUCACUCCAAGGGAUUCUCCAUCACAGUUGCUCACACCGAAUUCAACGCCCCUGACUCAUCUAAACAUCCUGAAUUCUUCUUCCUACCCCUAUCGGACAAUGUAUCAGAUAUCGAUUCCUCUUUCUGGAAUCUAUUAGAGGUCAUCACAGCUAUCAAUGUCAACUGCAAAGAGCCACUUCAGAGAUACUUGGUUCAAAUGAUGGAAAAACAGGAGCCACAUGAUCAGGUCUGCUGCAUCAUCUACGAUUCAAUCAUGUACUUCACAGAUGCCGUGGCUAAUCACAUGAAGCUUCCAAGUAUUAUCUUACGCACUACCUGUGCUUUCAAUUUUGUCGCUUGGCAUGCCACCCCUCGGCUUCUAGCAGAAGGUUAUAUUCCCUUGCCAGAAUCUCUGUCAAAUGAGCUACUGCCUGGGCUUCAUCCCCUUAGGUCCAAGGAUCUACCCUUUACUGGAACUGGAGAAUUAGAGUUACUAGAAGAAUUAAGAAAAAUAAGAUCUUCUGCAGCCGUUGUAUGGAACACUGUGGACUUCCUAGAGCAUUCAUCACUAUUGCAGCUGCAGCAACAAUACCAAAUUCCAAUCUUCUCAAUAGGCCCUCUGCAUAAAAUGGCACCAGCUUUAACCACUAGCUUACUAAAGGAGGACACCAGUUGUGUUGCAUGGCUUGACAAGCAAGCUCCUAACUCAGUUAUAUAUGUCAGCAUGGGAAGCUUAGCAAUGGUGGAUAAGAAAGAGCUAACUGAGACCGCUUGGGGACUGGCCAACAGUGAUCAACCAUUCUUGUGGGUCAUGCGGGCAGGCUUGGUUGAUGGCUCAGAUCAGUGUGUUGAUCUCCUUCCCAAAGAUUUAAAAGAAAAAAUAGGAGAAAGAGGUCACAUAGUAAAAUGGGCACCUCAAAAAGAGGUGCUGGCGCACAGAGCAGUGGGAGGGUUUUGGAGCCACUGCGGUUGGAAUUCCACCUUGGAAAGUAUAUGUGAAGGGGUUCCAAUGAUAUGCAGACCAGGUUUCUCAGACCAAAAGGUGAAUUCUAGGUUCCUCACUCACAUAUGGAGGGUAGGCCUUGAAAUGGAGAAUGUAGUGGAGAGAAGAGGAAUUGAGAGAGCUAUAAGAAGACUUAUGGUGGAGAAAGAAGGAGAAGAAAUGAGGCAGAGGGCAAAUGAGCUGGGGCAAAAAUUCAAAUUUUGUGUGCAGAAAGGCGGUUCUUCAUAUAAUUCCUUGAAUGACUUAGAAGAAUUCAUCUUGUCACAAUCAUCCUCACUGCCAAAAUGAGAUCGAGAUGGAAAUUAAAAGUUGAAGCUAGAGGAUAAAGUAAUCUUAUGAAGUCUAUUCAUUUAGCACUUUACAUGUGUAUAGACAUGUCUACUUCUAAUGCUACUAUUAGGCAAAAGUAAUCUAUUUCCAAUGUCAACAAAAGCAAGUUGGAUCCAACCUUGCACUUUUUGUUUCUGAGCAGUAUAUAUGCAUCAAUAUGUGUUUGUGGGUGCCUGUGUACAAGAAUUUGUUCCUUUACAAGGAAUGGGGAAUCUUUGAUAAGUCUGAGAUGGGCAUGCAUAGGUUCUGG